AUGGCUCAAGCAGAUAGAAAAGCUGUAAUUAAAAAUGCUGACAUGUCUGAAGAAAUGUCUUAAGACGCGAUUGAUUGUGCUAACUAAGCUUUAGAAAAAUUCAAUAUCGAAAAAGAUAUUGCUGCAUUUAUUAAAAAAGAAUUCGACAAGAAAUACAACCCAACAUGGCAUUGUAUCGUUGGAAGAAAUUUCGGAUCAUACGUGACUCAUGAAACGAAGCAUUUUAUAUAUUUUUAUAUGGGUUAAGUAGCUAUAUUAUUAUUUAAAUCGGGAUGAUUUAAGAAUAUAAAAGAAAUAUUAUAUUAUUAUAUAUACGUAUAUGCCGAUAUAUAUU